AUGAUGAUCAAAAAAACCCUUAUCGCGUUCGGGUGGCUGAACAAGGAAGGUAAAAUCGUUUUCCUUGGGCUGGACAAUGCCGGCAAAACGACCUUACUACGCAUGCUCAAGGACAACAGGCUUGCCUGCCACACCCCGACUGUGCACCCGCACAGCGAACAACUGACAUUAGGCAAGGUCAACGUCACGGCCUUCGAUCUCGGUGGCCACGAGACUGCUCGUCGUGUAUGGAAACAGUACUGUGGUAACGUUGACGCUGUCUGCUUCCUGAUAGAUGCGUCCGACCGUACUCGUUUCCAAGAGUCCGCCGAAGAACUUCGUGCACUAAUCAACCAAGAGGAACUCUACCACAAACCAUUCGUAAUACUGGGCAACAAGAUCGACAAACCAUCGGCUGCCUCUGAGGAGGAGCUUAGGUCACACUUGGGUCUCCUAGCCGGAGAAACAUACGGUAAAGACUGUGGGCCUGGUCGUUGUGUUCGUCCCAUCGAGGUCUUCAUGUGCAGUGUUUUGCGUAAGCAAGGCUACGGUGAAGCCUUUAAGUGGCUAGCCCCCUUCUUGCAGGAUUCUAACAAUUGA